AUGUACAUUCUCCGCCCGAGAAGCUCUGUUCUAGCGGCUGUUAUCAAGCGGAGCACCAACCAAAGCUUUGACUAUGUCAUUGUUGGUGGUGGUACUGCUGGCCUAGUACUGGCAAACCGACUCACUGAGGACUCAGAUGUGAAGGUUGCCGUUAUUGAGGCCGGCACUUUCCCGGAAGACGUUGUUGGAAAUAUGACUCAAGUUCCCGCAUAUGCCCCUCAAUUCGAAGGCGCUGAGCUUGAUCUUGAAUGGAAUUUCACAACCACUCCCCAAGCUGGGUUGGGUAACAUUCCUGUUUCAUAUUAUCGAGCAAAAGCACUGGGUGGUUGUAGCGAUAUCAAUUUUAUGGCAUACGGCCAUACCUCGAAAGGUACUCACCAGCUGUGGGCCGACCUCGUAGGUGACGACUCCUACACAUAUGACAAUAUGUUGCAGUACUACAAGAAAACCAUGAACUUCUCUCCUCCAAAUGCUGAGACGCGUUUGGCCAACGCUACCCCUACUUAUAAUGCCGAUGAUACUGCAACUGGAGGCGGAAUUGAUGUCACAUUUCCAUCAUAUGCCCAAAGCUGGAGUACUUGGGUUGCGCAAGGACUUGCAGCUAUUGGACUUCCUCAGGCCCAAAGUUUCGUUGAUGGCAAUCUUCUGGGACACUCGUGGCAGAUGACUGGCAUCACUCAAUCUACCGGUAUCCGUUCAUCUGCCCAAGCUGGUUAUCUGCGCCCAGUCCUCAGCCGUCCCAACCUCACCAUCUUGAAUGGCACGUUCGCUGAACGCAUCAUAUUCAACGGGGAUACGGCCUCGGGCGUUGAGGUAACUUCAAAAGGGGAAACGUACACCCUCAGUCCCAGUAAGGAGCUUAUUCUCUCCGCCGGAGUCUUCCAGUCGCCACAGCUUCUGAUGGUAUCGGGAGUUGGUCCUAAAGCGCUACUCGAACAGUUCAAUAUCCCCCUUGUGAAGGAUCUUCCCGGUGUUGGCCAGAACAUGCAGGAUCACAUCACGGUACCGAUUUCUUACCAGGUCGACGUAGUCACUUCAUCAACGUUAGAAGGAUCUGCCUUAGCCGAUGCUAUCACUGAAUGGAACACUCAUGGAAUUGGCCCGCUGUCUAACAACGGGGGUGACUACAUUGGGAUGGAGAAAGCUCCGGCCGAGUUCCGGGCGAACUUCUCAGCCGAGGUGGUUAAGCAACUAUCUGCACUCCCUGCAGACUGGCCCGAGCUGCAAUACAACGUGCUCCCUGCAACCGUAUCGACCACGUCCAUUGGUGGCGAGGACUCGGUACUCGGUGGAAACUAUGGGAGCAUGCUUGCAUCGGUUAUUGCGCCGCAAUCCAGGGGCAACGUAUCAAUCGCUUCUGCAAGCAUGAGCGACGCCCCACUCAUCAACCCCAACAUCUUCACUGCGCAGGCCGACAUCGAUCUGCUGCUCACUGCAUUCAAGCGCGUGCGCCAGACCCUGCAAUCCUCCGCCAUGGCACCGAUCAUGAUUGGCGAGGAGUUCUACCCCGGUCCAACCGUGCAGACGGACGAGCAGAUCUUGGACUAUCUCACUGAAACCGUCCGUCCAUUCUCGCAUGGAUUCGCCACGUGCAAGAUGGGCAACUCUUCUGAUCCUGAUGCUGUCGUUGAUAGCCAUGGCAGGGUAUUCGGGAUCAAGAAUUUGAGGGUCGUUGACGCUUCUGCAUUCCCUUUCCUACCACCUGGGCCAGCACCACAGAUCCAAGUUUACACACUUGCCGAAAAGCUUGCCGAUGAUAUCAAGCAGACGGUCUACUAGAGAAGAUAGUGUAUACUACCUUGGUUCUGUUAUUCAGGGGUCUGUUUUAGUUUCAAGAAUUGUGAUAGAAUGGGCGAACCUGUUGCGUUUGUUAGGUCAAGAAAUCGGUUGCAUUACACUUAAAGGUGUUAACACUAUGUUAAUAGGUACCUAGGCACCUGCCGUAUUCGAG